CUGCUCCGUAGUUUACAUAGUUUACUAUAAGCGUGUCUUAUCUGUGUACAAUCUUACUGUUCGAGACUGUUCCACCACUGAAUCUUCAGUCUGCUAUAUGUGGUACGAAGUAAUUGGAGGCAGAGGUUCUGAUCAAAUUGCUUCAUGCCUUUACAAUAAAUUGAUAAAUUUACCUGAGACCGUUCAGCACGUCACAACAUAUUCAGACACUUGCGGGGGACAGAACCGCAAUAUUAAUAUGGAGGUUAUGUUUCUAUAUGCAAUUAAACAAAAAACAACUAUUGAAAUAAUUGAUCAGAAAUUUCUUUUGCCAGGCCAUAUACGCCUUGAGUGUGACAGUGAUCACGCAAGGAUUGAAAGGAGUAAAAAACAAAUUUCCAAUGACUUCAAAAUAAUGGUGCCACGAGAAUGGUUUUAGUUUGUACGCUCGCUUAGAGGUAAAUCCAAAUUUACUGUUGUUGACAUGGGGCAAGAAGAUUUUCUGGCAUUUUCCAAACUCAUAGGUAACGUUUUAGUAAAAAGAGUGAGCGACACCAAUGGUGAAAAGGUAUCUUGGUUAAAGAUAAAGUGGUUAAGAUAUACCAGAGAGUUUGGAAUAAUCCAGUUCAAGUAUAGCCUUGAAGAAGACGUACCAUUUAGGACUUUAGAUUUAAGAAAAGGAAAAAGGAG